CGCCCAGGUCAAAGCAAUUAGCUAGUUGAGCACACCCAGUGUUUAUAUUAUAUUCAUCAAGAUAGAUGUGUGCUUACACACCGCUAGAUGGCGCCAAUCAGCAAAGAACGUGUUUCUUCAUUGAGUAGAAAAACGCUCUGACUGACCCUCGCUCUUAUUACAAUACACAUCAUUGGGUCUUGCUCAUAUAGACCGUAUACAAAGUCAUACUACAAAGGGCUGACUACUGUUAUUUAUUCGUCAUGGUCAAUAUUAAAAACCUAGUCUGAAUAUCGUUCCAAUGUGUUCUGUACUCUAGUGUCCACCGUCGCUCGUGCAGCAUAUUACAGUAUUUGAGAUUUAGAAAGUUGGAAACGAAAACAUUGAUGAAACAUGUCGGCGUCGCCUUACUUUUCUAGUAAUAAAAUAGUAAUAUAAUUAAUAUAACGGCACAAAUUAUAACCAUUCACCGGUGUCUUCCAUGAUAUAACACCUUAUAGUGUUAAAAAGGGAGUAUACACUAGGCUACUAAGCUACUAAGACAUCCGUUACAAUUCACAGUUCACUCUUUGACUCUCGACGAACGCAAAGGUUACCUAACUGGCUCGUAUCAUUUAGGGGGGGGUCGAGGCCCACCAGGACGUUUGGUCAACCGAUAAACACCUCCAUGGAUCUCACCGAGGAACACCCUCCCCACACCACUAUAAGACAGGAGAACUUGGAGCAGGAACUGUCUGUCUCCUACGUCCCUUGUCAAGUGGAAAGUGGAGGAGCCUUCUCUCUUCAAGUGCUGGAGUUUAAAACCUGCCUUCUCGAGGCGGUCGAGGAGCUGCAGAUUCGAAGGGAUGCAGAGAUACGCUUUGGACAACAGAUCAAUAAGCUGGUUCUGGAGAAGCAGGAGCUUGAGUGGCAGAAGGAAGCUUUACAACAUCAGCUUGAAACGAUGAUAAAGCAGCACACAGAGGCCCUUGCCAACUUUAAAAAACAGUUUCAGGGGAAAAUGAUACUCAUUGAGGAGGAAAAGGGAAUACACCAACUUAACACCCAGUCAAAAGACAAUGCCAUCAACGGCUUGAAAGAGGACCUGAAGGCACUCCAGCUGUCCUCGUACAGUUUUGAGAAGAAAUCAAGCGAGCUGGAGCAGAAGCUGGCCUUGCAGAGCAGGUCGAAGGACAGCCACCUGAGGCAGCUCCGGGAGGUGGAGAACCGCUUCGGGAUUCUCUCCAGGCUGUGUGCCGCCGUCAAGCAGGCCCAUAGCAGACUGGAGAGAGAUGUUGAUGAGGCCAUGAGAAUGAACAAGAAACUAACAUCCAUAAAUGAAAAGCAUGAAUCAACUAUCAACUCCUUCAUGCAGGAGUUGGAGGACACAAACGGCAAGCUCAUCAAGGUUCAGGUGUCGUCCAUGUUCGACCCAGGGAGCAGCCGUCUCACAGCCAAAGAGCAGCAUGCAGACCGGCUGCAGCAACGCCUGCUGAUGGAGACAGAAAGGAACAGAAAACUGAAGGAGGAAAAUGCAUCAGAACGAGCAGACAAGCAGGAGCUGAUGAGGUCUCUGCAGGUGGCCCAGCAGCUGUUGCAGUGCCAGACGUCAGCCCUGACCAGACUGGAGACGGAGCUACACCUGCUCACAGAGCAGCACCAGGCCCUUAAGCGGGACCACGAGGCGACGCGGGCGCUGGGCGUCGCGGCGGCCGCUGUCACCGAGGACCACGCCACCAGCAGGACCCUCUGGGAGAAGGAGAGGGCUGUACUGCUGGAGAGUCUUGAGAGAGAGCAGCGGGAUCAUGGAUCAAUGAGGGCCACGUACGACCGGCUCUAUCGAGAGCAGUCCGGGCGGAGUUCACAGACGUCUCCUGGACCGGAAAUAGCAGAAGAUGGUAAAGCCCACGAUAUCACCACGCCACUCUGCCGCGCAGUGGAGGGCCGCACAGGGCCUGGUUCUCUUCUUGAAUCAAGCCCUGGCUCAGAGCUGCCUCGCCUGGGCAGUGAGGGAGGCUGUGUCCCUUCCCAGACUGGAGACCCAGACUCUGUUGUGGUCUCAGAUGAGUUAGCUGCCACCAGAGCAAUGAGAGGACAAGAGGGCUCACGUUACCAUCCAUCACUGCAGCCUUUUGAAUCAAGGAUCCCUAACUGUCUUGUUGCCACCCCGGUGGCCACAAGGAAUCUUGUUGGCCAGGACAGCCUUCACGGGCUAGGAGACAGCCAGACAGACAGCCUAAGCACAGAGGCCCCCCGUCCUCUCACACAUGAAUGUGAUCCUGCGCCGCUUGCAGAUGUGAUUGAUAAUAACGUCUGUUUGUCAGACGUGGGUCUUCCGAAAAAUCUCAAAAGCUUUAUAUCAGGCCCUGAGAACAGGUCUGUUUAUGAUGACGCAGACCUUGUAGGAGACAUGCUAACUGCACGGGAAAGACAACCAAGUGAGCAAGAAGCCAGCGCUUUACAGGCUGAGGGGACCAGGGAACACCGGGAAGGACCCAGCGCUUUACAGGCUGAGUUGACCAGGGAACACCGGGAAGGACCCAGCGCUUUACAGGCUGAGGGGACCAGGGAACACCGGGAAGGACCCAGCGCUUUACAGGCUGAGGGGACCAGGGAACACCGGGAAGGACCCAGCGCUUUACAGGCGGAGGGGACCAGGGAACACCGGGAAGGACCCAGCGCUUUACAGGCGGAGGGGACCAGGGAACACCGGGAAGGACUCAACGCUUUACAGGCUGAGGGGACCAGGGAACACCGGGAAGGACCCAGCGCUUUACAGGCUGAGGGGACCAGGGAACACCGGGAAGGACCCAGCGCUUUACAGGCUGAGGGGACCAGGGAACACCGGGAAGGACCCAGCGCUUUACAGGCUGAGGGGACCAGGGAACACCGGGAAGGACCCAGCGCUUUACAGGCUGAGGGGACCAGGGAACACCGGGAAGGACCCAGCGCUUUACAGGCUGAGGGGACCAGGGAACACCGGGAAGGACCCUGUGCUUUACAGGCGGAGGGGACCAGGGAACACCGGGAAGGACCCAGCGCUUUACAGGCUGAGGGGACCAGGGAACACCGGGAAGGACCCAGCGCUUUACAGGCUGAGGGGACCAGGGAACACCGGGAAGGACCCAGCGCUUUACAGGCUGAGGGGACCAGGGAACACCGGGAAGGACCCAGCGCUUUACAGGGUGAGGGGACCAGGGAACACCGGGAAGGACUCAGUGGCAACAGGGAAGAUGGAUGCAGCAGACCAGGCAUUCACAGCUCGGGCCCAGAGGACGCUGGAGAGCGAUUGACGGAGGACGCCGUGGAAACCCGAGACGCAGUGCUGGAAGACGGAGAGGAGACAGACAGGACGAAAGCUGGACAAGAGGAGGAGGAGAGGCGGGACGUAGAAGCCGAGGGAUUAGGAUCGUUGGCACGCAGCCCAGGAACAGAGAUAGGGCGGGUGACGUCAGGCGAUAAGGCGCAGAGAGACGGAGAGCUCAGCGAUGCGCUGCAGGGCAUCGACCCUCCGGAGCGCACCGAGCCCCCGCUGAUCGCCUCCCGGCCCCCGGCCCCUCCCCCCCCUCUGGAGGUCAGCGGGAUCCGUGCUUACACAAGCAACCUGACGACAGACAGUGAGGCCCCCAAUGCGGGUCCACACCACUCCUGUGAUGUGGAGUCAGGCACAGCUUCUGACUGGGAAACCAGUUUGAAAGAGAGUGCACACCCUGUUGAUGUCCCACCAGAGCAUGGGAAUCAACCAACAAUGUGCUGUUUUCCAUUAAGUUCCACGUUACCAGACUACCCUCUGUCCGAUUCUACCAUCUAUCAGGAAUGUUCAGAGGCUCAGGACAUGGUCAAGAAUAAUAUUGGUAAUGUUGAUGACCAUUCCAAGACCGACAGGGAGAUUUCAGGGAGAUUUGACGAACCUGAGAAUGAAGAGAGUCUCACCGGGACCAGAGUGGUUGAAACACACCCUCCAAAUAAGGAGAAUAGUUACGUGGAAUCAACGUCCGAGGAGUUGAGUUCCUCUGAGAGAAGGGGCAACCAGAUCCCAGUGCGGUCCCCAGCUGAUGUUAAAGAUGAAACCAAACGUGAGGCAUCUCCUGCCGACCUGAGUAAAGUGGUCAUUGUGGACCCACUUCCAGCCCUACCUGCAGUGCCGUGCUCAGCCCUGCAGAACGAAGACACCAAAGAGGCCAACUUCGAUGUAAACACGACAGCUGGAGAAUCUGAGCCGCCGCGGCAGGUCAGAGGGGCUGAAGCAGCCCCGACCCAGGAGGUAGAUGAUGCCCCAGCCGAGCGUGUCUUGAAGCCAGCCGACCGUCCAAAUCACGAGUCGACCAUCCAAGCCCCACCAAAGACCCAUGGCUCUAGAGAUGGUUCUGUAGAUGCACACAUCCUUGACCAUUCCGUUCAUUGCGGCAACAAGAAAUUCCGCUCUUCAUUUGAAUGGACCAGUUUUCAGACCAAAAAAGGAUCCGCUGGACUUCCUCAGUUUCUUUCAUCCACUGCCAUCAAUGUCAACCAGAACAGAGUGCCUGCGACAGCUGCAGCCACAGCCUCCAGUCUUCCUGGUGCUCCCAGUGCCUCGCGGCCUCGGUCCCCUCAGAAGAGGGACCAGCGCGGGGACUGGAAGGCCAUCAGACAGGCCUUCAGAGCCACAGCGGCAGAAGACGCCGAAGACAGAGGUCCGCUGUCAUUGAGCUUCCAACUCCUCCCUACCUCUGCCCCGAUGGAGAGUGGACAUGGGUCCACUACGAGCGCCGCUCCUGGUCCUGGCACUGGUUCCAUUGCCGGAUUAGACUUGUUUCCUCCAAGCUCCCCGGAGAACCAACAAUCCUCUCUCCGAGCCCAGAUCUCCAGAAUCGAACAGUUCCUCUCGACAGACAGGCUACGCCUGGCCAAAAGACGACGAACCGAACAUUGAAAUCUCCUAAAUGCCUGACAUGGCUCACCCAUCUAAAGAUACUGUUGUAGUUCAUCCUCAUUUAAAGAUACUAUUGUAGUUCAUCCUCAUUUAAAGAUACUGUGGUAGUUCUUAUCAUCUAAAGAUACUGUUGUAGUUCAUCCUCAUUUAAAGAUACUGUGGUAGUUCAUCCUCUCUUAAAGAUACUAUUGUAGUUCUUACUCACUUAAAGAUACUGUGGUAGUUCUUACUCACUUAAAGAUACUGUUGUAGUUCCAUGGCCAGUCAUAUGGGGUUAUCUUUCAGCUGUUCAUUUAUCAUUAUACGGUAAUUCAGAUUUCAGUUAUCAUUAUUGUUCAGAUGUUUCAUUUCAAAGCAUAUGCACAAAGUAAAUGCACAUGUUCAC